CCACCACACUUCCUCUGAAUAUUUUGGACUACUUUGCUUGUCAAGAUGCACCUCUCUUGCCUUCUUGCGCUCCUGGGAGCCACAGGGUUCACCUUCGCUCUUCCUGUCUCCAGCAACCUUGACCAGCUUGAGUCGUCCUCUCAGGAUCUAGACAAGAGAUUCUACUAUACUCACUACGUGGCCCCGGAGAAGCGUGACGAGGAGGCACUCGACAAGCGGUUCUAUUACACCCACUAUGUUGCCCCAGAGAAGCGUGAUGAGGAGGCAGUUGACAAGCGGUUUUAUUACACCCACUAUGUUGCUCCGGAGAAGCGUGACGAGGAGGCACUCGACAAGCGCUUCUACUACGUUCACUACACUGCCCCGGAGAAGCGUGACGAAGAGGCCCUCGACAAGCGUUUCUAUUACACCCACUAUGUUGCCCCAGAGAAGCGUGAUGAGGAGGCAGUUGACAAGCGCUUCUACUACGUUCACUACACUGCCCCGGAGAAGCGCGAGGCGGAGGACGAGGCCCUCGACAAGCGUUUCUACUACACUGCCUAUCAGGGCGCCGAGAAGCGCGAGGCGGAGGACGAGGCCCUCGACAAGCGUUUCUACUACACUUCCUACACGGCCCCCGAGAAGCGCGAGGCGGAGGACGAGACUGUUGAAAAGCGCUUCUACUACACUGCCUAUCAGGGCGCCGAGAAACGCGAUGGGGAAGCCGCUGACAAUGAGAACUAGCUUCAACGCUCUCCCUUUGGUCGAGGUAUAUCCUCCCUUCCGGAAAGAAUGGAUCUGAAAUCAGCAGGGGAAGGCCUGGCUAACGCAAGAUGACUCGAAUUUGAGUAUGGAUUGCACCUGAAUACGUGAUUGUCUGUGUCUUUGAAGUGGUUUUCUUGAUUUAUCGCAUGAUUUGCUUCACCGCAUUUUGCACAAGUUCACUACCUUGAUUUUUCUUGCCUGCACUUCGAAGCGAAGUCACAGGCUCUGCUUGCUUUUCUCCAUGACUCUUUUGUAGGCACGGGUAGCAAUCCACAUUGAAGCAU